UUGGUGUUAUCCGUCAAAAUGAAAUCAGUUGCGAUGGAUGUCAGCUAGCAAACAACAAAACAAGUUGGCUGGGCUUAUCGAAUGCAGUGGUCGAAAGCAGAGACGUAGUUUCGUUUAUUGCUCUGAACUUACUACAGAACUGCGAUUGUUGAUAAUCGAAGAAAUAAAUGCAAUUAUUAUGUGAGUUCGUGAUCUUGCUGAAAGUGCGCACUUUAAACUCUGAACUGAUUAAGUAGCUAGGAAAAAAGCGUAAUUUCCCCCCGACUGAACAGGAUCUUCCUCGGAUAAGGAUAAUGCUCUCGACUGGAAUAAGGAUUGUAAGAGGUCCUGAUUGGACUUGGGGUGAUCAAGAUGGUGGUGAAGGUUAUGUGGGAACAGUGUGUGAAGUUGGGAAGUCCGGCACGGUGGGAUCCCCUGAUAAAACUGUGGUGGUGCAAUGGGACAAUGGCACCAGGACAAACUACAGAGUUGGAUACACAAACAAGUUUGAUCUGAGGGUAAUAGACAAUGCACAGGCCGGUGUUAAACAGCAGAACAUAGCCUGUGAUGGUUGCAACAGUCAAGGUAUUUCAGGGAUGAGAUUUAAAUGCAUCACAUGCUUUGACUAUGACCUUUGCUAUAUGUGCUAUCAUGGCAAUAUGCAUAAUUUGAAUCAUCCAUUCAAGAGGUUUGAUAGUGCCACAUCCUCUGGGGUUGAUUUACCUGUGAGGAGAAAUGCAAUGCAAGGUGAGCUGUAUGGUAUAUUCGAAGGAGCCAAAGUAGUUAGGGGAUUCAAUUGGGAAUGGGGAGACCAAGAUGGUGGUCAAGGAAAAGUGGGUAAAGUGUUGGACAUCAGAGGCUGGGAUAAUGAGAGCAGCAGAUCAGUGGCCAAUGUCACUUGGGCGAAUGGUUCAACAAAUGUUUACAGAUUGGGCCACAAGGGAAAUUGCGAUAUAAAAUAUGUUGAAGCAGCAAGUGGAGGGCGUUACUACAUUGAACACCUGCCUAUUCUAGGACAUAUUGUUGAGCAAGUGCAAGUGAAGCCUGUCCGCUUGGGUCCAGUACCGUUCAGUGUGGGAGAUAAAGUACAGGUAUUAGUCAACAUCGAGCAGUUGAGGGAAAUGCAGCAAGGUCACGGCGGUUGGAACCCCAAGAUGGGAGAGUUCAUAGACAAAGUCGGCACUGUCCAUCGUGUUACAGACAAGGGAGAUAUACGAGUUCAGUACGAGGGUUGCAACAAUCGAUGGACGUACAACCCAAAGAGUCUCUGCAAGGUUAACAGUUUCGCUGUUGGUGAUAUAGUCAGUGUUAUAUGCGAUGAAGAUGAAGUAAAAAAAUUGCAGAAAGGUCACGGCGAAUGGAUCGAAAUAAUGAAGAAUGCUAUAGGCAAGUUGGGGAAAGUGAUUAAGCUGUAUCACGAUGGAGAUCUGAGGGUGCAACUGGAUGGUCAAGCUUGGACUUUGAAUCCACAAUGCGUCAGAGUCGUUCCUGGGAGCGCCGCCGAAUUGGCCAACACUAUGCAAGCGACACAAAACCAAAGACAAGAACCUUCGAUGCAAUGGCAACCGUCGAAUGGUUCUGAAAGGAAUAGUAUUGCAGAUCAGCUCGUUCGAGCGGCUCAGGGUAAUCUGGGUCUCGUCGUCAAACUGCUUCAAAAGAUAUCCUAUGUAGACAUGCAGAGCGGUGGUAAAACGGCAUUACAGGUGGCUUCGCAUCAAGGCCAAUUGGAAAUAGCCAAGGUAUUAAUACAGGCGGGCGCAGAUGUUAACUGUCAGGACAGCGAUGGAGAUACGUGUCUCCAUUAUGCUGCAUUCGGGAAUCAGGCGGAGAUCCUGAAAUUACUUAUAAACACCGGUGCCAACCUGAAUACUCCGAACAAAGGAGGAUGCACCGCUCUGCACAUUGCCGCACACAAGAAACCAGCGAAAUGUGUGCAGGUCCUUUUGGCGGCAGGAGCAGAUCCGAACAGCAAAGAUUGUUACGGCGAUACAGCCCUGCACGACGCUAUUGGUAAGGAUAGUUUCCAAGUGAUCGAACAACUGUGCUCUGCUUCCGGUAUGGAUUUCACCCUUCGGAAUAAGCGCGGAUUCAACGUGUUGCAUCACGCGGCGCUGAAAGGUAAGAAUUUCGCAACUGUGAAAUUGCUGGCGCAGGCCAGACAAUUAGUUGAUGUGAAGAAGGACGACGGUUUUUCCGCACUUCAUUUAGCGUCGUUGAACGGCCACAAGGACGUCGUAGAAACUCUAGUCAAGGAUGGACACGCGGACACGGACCUCAGGAACAACAGAAAUCAAUCCGCGCUCCUCUUAGCGGUCAGCCAGGGACACAGCAGCAUCAUAGAGCUGCUCGUCAAGCUGAAAGCCGAUAUUAAUGCCAAAGAUGAGGAUGGACUUACUGCUUUGCAUAUCGUACUGACGAGGAUGUCACAGGUAUGCACUGAGAUCCGGCAGGAGCAGAGUCCCGACAUAUUCAUGAUUCUCCAAGCCUUACCCGAGUACGUCAUCGCGAACAGACAAUACAUAGCGAUUGCCUGCUACCUGAUUCAGCAAGAUAUAGAUUUGGAACUGCUGAACGCCAAAGGACAAACGGCUCUGAGUCAACUUCAUGAUUCUCAACUGCAGGAACUCUUGAAGAGCUAUAAACCCGUCGUCGACAGUAACCAGCUGUUGCAGAAUAUAAUAGGCGAUGUGCACACCUUACAUUUGGAAGAUGGUGCGGCAGCCGGUGCCAUCGAAGGCUACAACCUACCUGAAAACGCUAGGAGUAGUCCAAGCAAAAACGUGGAAUGCGCGAAGCGCAGAAGUCGCAAAACCGAACAGAAUAAACAAGAAAAAGUUGGCUGUUCAUCUUCCGAAGGCUCUCCGAGCCACAAGAGCGAACAUUCGUACGAGAACGAGACCAAGCCCAAAGCCGCCGAAUGUUCUGUCUGCUCCGACUACACUGUACAGAACGUCACGUUGGAACCCUGCAACCAUAGGCUAGCCUGCGAGGAGUGCUCUUCUCGCAUAAGGAAGUGCUUCGACUGCGGAGACACCGUUCUAAGACGCGUAACAAUGGACGGUAGGUUGAUACCGUACAAGCAUCGACAACCUAGCGCCGAGAGGUUGCGUUACCUGGAAACGAAAGUUGCUGAAUUUGAAGAGUUGCAGGCGUGCAGCAUCUGCAUGGAACGGAGGAGAAACGUUGUCUUCCUUUGCGGACACGGCACGUGUUCGCGUUGCGCAGAUACCCUGAAGAUUUGCCACAUGUGUCGAAAGACAAUAUCCAAGAAAAUUCCAGUUUAUUAAUUAUUUUUUACUAUAUAUAUAUUUACAUAUUUAAAGAUUUUUUAAAGACAAGAGGAUUUAUAUAUAUAUAUAUUUAACGAGAAAUAAUAUAUUUGAAUUUCACUGCCCACAAGAAAGGAAAUUCUGUCCAGGAAGGUUUUUGCGUACAAAAGAUGUUCAAAUCUGCACAACAAUAUAAUUUGCGAUUGAACUAAUAACGUUCAUUUCCUUUCCUUUAAGGGACAUAUAUAUAUAUUUUAGUGUAAUUUCGUGAAUUGUCUUCACCGAUAUAUUUAUAAUUUUAGGACGAUGAUCAGAGAAGCAGUCAUCUUCUAUGCAUACUAAAAGCAUAAGAGGCGUCUCAAUAUAUAUAUGAUAAGACUGCUAUAUAUGUUACAAACAAAAAUAGACGAAAAUCUAAUUGAAGCUAAAACGGGUUGCUGAAUAAUGGACGGACAUAUAUAUUGAUUGUAUAUAAAAAAAAAGUACAUUGCAGACAAGAAAUAGUAUAUAUAUAUAUACAUAUUAUGCCAAUUCUCGUGUUCGCAAUCCUAAAUAAUAAUUUAUUUAAUUUUCUGUGAUGCGAUUUGAGAGAUAUUUUUU